UUCAAUUUUAAUGUAAUUUUAACAUUUAUGACACAAUUUGUUCUGCUCCUACUACCUACCUCCAGUUGUUUUUGUAUGAAAGCUGAACCCUGUGGCGUUUAAAAUGACAGAUUUAUCUAUGGGGUGUUGUAUGUAUCAACGGUGUUCUAACAGGAAUCUAUCUGAAUUCUAAAACCUUGUCCAGACAUGUCCGCUGACACCAAGAUAGCAGAGCUGCUCACAGAGCUCCAUCAGCUUAUCAAACAGACUCAGGAGGAGAGGUCACGCAGCGAACACAACCUGCUCAACAUCCAGAAAACACACGAGAGGAUGCAGACAGAAAAUAAAACUUCUCCGUACUACCGGACCAAACUCAGGGGGCUCUACACCACGGCUAAAGCAGACGCAGAGGCUGAGUGCAGCAUCCUGCGUCACGCUCUGGAUAAAAUCGCAGAGAUCAAGUCUUUGUUGGAGGAGCGGAGAAUAGCGGCGAAGAUGGCAGGCGUGUACAGCGACAGCGACCCGCCCAGGAAGACGAUGCGACGUGGCGUUCUGAUGACACUGCUGCAGCAGUCGGCCAUGACGCUGCCGCUGUGGAUCGGCAAGCCGGGAGAGAGCCCGCCCCCUCUCUGCGGGGCGACGCCCGCCAGCAGCGACUACGUGGCCAAACAGGGAGACAAGGUGGCGGCCAGAGUGAAGGCUGUAGACGGAGACGAGCAGUGGAUCCUCGCUGAGGUGGUCAGCUACAACCACUCCACCAACAAGUAUGAGGUGGACGACAUCGAUGAAGAAGGCAAAGAGAGACACACUCUGAGCAGGCGGCGGAUCAUCCCCCUGCCUCAGUGGAAGGCCAACCCAGAGACGGACCCCGAGGCUCUGUUCAGUAAGGACCAGCUGGUUCUGGCUCUCUACCCCCAGACCACCUGCUUCUACCGGGCGCUGAUCCACACGCCGCCACACCGGCCUCAGGACGACUACUCGGUUCUGUUCGAGGACACAUCGUACGCUGACGGUUACUCGCCGCCGCUCAACGUGGCUCAGCGCUACGUGGUCGCCUGCAAAGAGAACAAGAAGAAGUGACGGAGGUCUGGAGGACCGCAUGGAGCCUGUUUGGGAGUGCUACAUUUCUCAUUUUUGUAAGAAAGAAAGAAAACUGCCACUCGGCUCUCAAGUUCUGGUUCACUGGAGGAUCGUGGAGACACAGAAACACCCAACAGACUUUUUAUUUCUUAACGUCUUCAUUCAUUGGUAAAGGAUCACCUAGUUGAAACAUGAGCUGCGUCCCCAAUCAACACUGCAUCCUGAUACUGAUUCUGAGCUGGUAAAAUAAAGAAUUAAAACUCUUCUAUUGAGAAGCUGCUCACAACAAAAACUAAACAUGUUUCUGUCUCAAACAGUCGAGACAUUACAGUUAAAAAUAUUGGUUUUUUUUUUCAUGUUCUGUACAAUUUUUGGCCUCUUUGUCUCCCAUAAUUUUCAGACGAGUGGAAAGAAAACAUCCAAAAUCCACAUUGAGAUAUUUAUUUUUCUACAUUUUGUCUGUUUGCUCCUUUAGAUUUAUGCUAAAUUUACCAGAAAUUCCCGUGAGAUAAAACCUCAUUUUUCAUAUUCAAGCAACAUUUCAGAAAACUUGUAAUACAGAAAACUAAUUGUCUUGAUUUGAGUAAUAAAUGAGAAGUUUAAUGAU